AACAGAUUUUCAACGGCGGAGUUUCCCGAAAAAAGCCACAACACGAAUGCAACUCUCGAACACCCAACUCCGGCAGCUAAAUUUCGGCUUCAAUCAAAAAUUCAACAAACCAAUUUUCUCAAAACCCCAUUUCAGUCAAAUCAGAAAUUUCAUUCUCUUCCUUAAUCUUCAAUUGCGAAUUCUGGAAGCUGUACUUUGUCAAUCAUCUCGCUUUUCUAAAUUACAGAGCUCAAUUUCCCCCAGAAAAUCAAUCCAAUUAGUGCCCUAAAAAAAUCAUGAAAGAUUCCACAGUUUCCGGCGACUCUUCCCCUGCGAAGAAGAAGAGAAAUCUCCCUGGAAUGCCCGAUCCUGAAGCUGAGGUAAUUGCUUUAUCCCCAAAGACGCUGUUAACAACAAACAGAUUUGUUUGCGAAGUGUGCAACAAGGGUUUUCAGAGGGACCAGAAUUUGCAGCUCCACAGAAGGGGCCACAAUCUGCCAUGGAAGCUUCGGCAGAGGUCUAACGAAGAUAUUAAGAAAAGGGUUUACGUUUGCCCCGAAUCGAGCUGUGUACACCAUAAUCCUCUGAGGGCGUUGGGCGAUUUAACCGGGAUCAAGAAACACUUCUGCAGGAAACACGGCGAGAAGAAGUGGAAAUGCGACAAGUGUUCGAAGAAAUACGCAGUUCAAUCGGAUUGGAAGGCGCAUUCCAAGAUUUGCGGUACCAAGGAGUAUAAGUGUGAUUGCGGAACUUUGUUUUCGAGGUUUUUUUUUUCCGAGAGUUAUUUUUUCGGUAACUUAUUUAUUGUGGCCUUGAUUGAAUUUUGGGUUGAUUUUUUUAGUUUCGAUUUAUUUGCAGGAAGGAUAAUUUUACUACACAUAGGGCUUAUUGUGAUGUGUUAGCAGAGGAAAAUGCAAAACCAGAGUCGGCAAAUGCAGCUGCUCCUAAUGUUGAUGUACCGUCAU